UGAGUUAUUCAGAGAGCGAAAGCCAGAGAGACGUUGGUAUGUCAUGUGAUGUGGCACUUCACACUUCAAAUUUGGAAAACACAGAGAGAGAAAGAGAGAGAGCAAGAAACCAUAACAACUGUUCAGUAACACAAACCUUUUCCCCAAAAGCUAACGUUGUUCUUCAUUUCAUCGUCUUUUCCACGGUGCUGUGUCCACAGCAACCUCAACGGUCCCUUCAGACACGAUAAUCUAUAAAACCCACCUCCCAACUUCCUUUGUUUUUCAAACUUCUUCACUGUUACGGCAGAAACUGUUACUGUCGCUGUGUUGGGACAUGCUGGAGGAGAGUGAGCCAUCACUGGAGUGAUUUUCAUUCAAAAAGCAAGGCUUUUCUGCUGGGGGAAAGUUGUUCAAGAUGGAGGCUUUAUGCAACAGGGAUGAAAAUUUUCAGAAGAAAAAAAGACGGGCUUCUUCUUCUGCCACUGAUUCGACUCAAGAGCUCAAAGGAUGUGCUUCUCCCCCUCUUGGUUGGCCUAUUCGGAAGGCUACAUUCUCCAAAUGCCGCAAAUCAGAUGAGAAAGAAAAUGAACCUGUUACUCACUUGGAAGACACGAAAUUUACCAGCAUCAGUUCAAAAAUGCCAGGAAUCGAUGCAAUGAAAGAAAAGUUUGCAAAAUUACUGCUUGGGGAAGAUAUGUCAGGAUCUGGGAAAGGAGUCUGCAGUGCUUUGGCUAUCUCAAAUGCCAUUACAAAUCUGUGUGCCACUGUAUUUGGGCAAUUAUGGAGACUAGAACCUGUUCCGUGUGAAAAGAAAGAAAUGUGGCGGAGGGAGAUGGAAUGGCUUGUAAGUGUUAGUGAUCACAUUGUUGAGUUAAUACCUUCUUGGCAGACAUUUCCGGAUGGAAGUAAGCUAGAGGUAAUGACUUGCAGACCAAGGUCAGAUCUUUUUAUGAAUCUUCCAGCUCUGCGCAAACUCGACAACAUGCUUCUUGAAAUUUUAGAUGGUUGCAAAGAUAUGGAAUUUUGGUAUGUUGACCAAGGAAUUGUAGCCCAAGAUGCAGAGGGUUCAGCUUCAUUUUGCAAAAGAAUUCAGAGACAAGAGGAUAAGUGGUGGCUCCCUGUACCUCGUGUGCCUCCUGCUGGCCUCAGUGAGAACUCGAGAAAGCAGUUGAAUCACACAAGAGAAUGUGCAAGCCAAAUUCUAAAAGCUGCCAUGGCUAUCAACAAUGGUGCUUUAGCUGAAAUGGAAGUUCCUGAGUCAUACUUGGAAACUCUUCCCAAGAAUGGAAGAACUUGCUUGGGGGAUUUUGUUUACCAUUACAUUACAUCAGAGAAAUUCUCUCCAGAGUGUCUGCUGGAUUGCCUAGACCUCUCCUCGGAGCAUGUGGCACUAGAGAUUGCAAACCGUGUUGAAGCCUCAAUAUAUGUGUGGCGUAGAAGAGCUCACUCUAAACCCCCACCUAAUCCUAACCGUUCAACUACAAAGUCAUCGUGGGAAAUUGUGAAGGACUUCAUGGCUGAUGGAGACAAGAGAGAACUACUAGCAGAAAGAGCUGAAAAUGUUCUAGUUUCAUUGAAGCAGAAGUAUCCUGGUCUAACUCAAACUACCUUGGAUACCAGCAAGAUCCAGUGCAACAAGGAUGUUGGAAAAUCCAUACUUGAGAGCUAUUCAAGAGUUUUGGAGAGCAUGGCAUUUAACAUUGUAGCUCGCAUAGACGAUUUGCUAUAUGUGGAUGACUUGACUAAACAUUCAGAUAGGUUUCCAUUGGUUCCAAUGACAGUGUCUGUCUCAGGCACUCCUCACAAAGCAGUUGGCACACCAAGCUUUUCACCUGCUCCAUCACUCAUUAGUCCUGCAAGGGGAGAGAGAUCUCCUUUCCUCAACAACAACAUUAACAAUAACAACAACAACAACAACAUCAAACCUCAACGUCGUGGCUUUGGGGUGAGAAGAGUAUUGUCGAAUUAUCUUGGUGCAGAAUCAAAAGAAACAAAGAAUUUUAGCAGUUCAACUGUUGUGGUGAAUGGUUCUAACCCAAGCUGCAAUAAAAGAGAACAGGCAGAACAUCACAAGAAGCCACAUGCCAUGAAUGGCAAGACAAAAUGACUGGUGGGGCUUUACAGUAAAACAACCAUAUCCUUGUAUCAUUUAUUGGUAGCAUCUGUUGUUUGUUGAGUUCUAAAGAUGUUGUGUUGUUAGUUGAGAAUAGAAGUGUGAAGUUGUUGGGAUUAUUAUUUGCAGUCUUCAGCUGAAAUCUGACAAGGGUAAGUUCAGGACCAAUUGUAUCGAUUAGAAGAUUGUAUUUAGUGUAGAUCAUUUAUCUAAUGUAUUUAGAGGACAUGGUUUUUUUUC